AAAGCUUGGAAGUUUUUGCUGUAUCUCUCUUCUGUUUUUUUCCCUUCUUAUUGAAGAUUAUAUAAGGUGAGAUAACCUGAAUUUCCUUGCUGCUGCCCGCUUUCUUGUUUAGAAAAAUUGAAAGCAGGGAGAGACAAAUCAAAAGCACCAAACUUUGUCCAGUUUCCUGACAUAUUCAUUUUUUGUUCAUAAGCCAAAAGAGAAAGACCCAUAUCUCCAAACCUUUAGAUCUUUCUUUUACUCGAAGAAACCAAUUUGCAGUUUUAAAUAUAUCAUCUUCAAUAUUGUUCUUUAGCUACAAUGAGAGACAUUGUUUCUUGUUUUAGUGAAAACGCAGUAAAUGUUUCCCAUUCUUCAUGUUCUAGCUAUAAAACCAAUGCUUGCAUCUCUCCAAGCCUAGUGCCUUCAGUCCAGAAUGCAGUCACAGGUAUUUACAAAGUCAUUCUUUCAACCGAGAAGCAGCUCUUGAUCAGAGUCACUUGGUGCAAGAAUCAAACCGGUCAAGGCCUAAGCAUAAACUUUGGUGAUGACCCUUCAACAAGUUUCAAGCUCAACACGAAUUUGAGGUUUUUCAGGAAGAAGAAAGGCAACAAAGUGAUUGAAUCUGAUCAUUCGAAGAUCGAAGUCUUUUGGGAUCUUUCUACGGCCAAGUAUGAUGUAGGACCCGAACCGGUUGAUGGAUUCUACGUCCUGGUCAUGGUUGAUUCAGAGAUAGGCCUUAUUAUAGGUGAUAUGGCUGAAGCUGUCACCAAGAAGUUCAAAACUAACACCACAGUUGCUAAAGUCUCUCUCAUUUCUCGGGAAGAACAUUGUUCAGGUAAUACACUUUAUUCCACCAAGGCUCAAUUCUGUGAUACAGGCAUUAUACAUGAUAUUAUGAUCAGAUGUAGUGGAGAACAUGAAGGGCUAAAGUAUCCAGUUUUAUCAGUUUGUAUCGAUAAGAAGACAGUGAUUCGUGUAAAGAGACUGCAGUGGAAUUUUAGAGGAAACCAGACAAUAUUUGUUGAUGGAUUGCUAGUUGAUCUGAUGUGGGAUGUGCACGACUGGUUCUUCAAUCCUGCCACUGGUUCUGCUGUAUUCAUGUUCAGGACAAGAAGUGGAUUGGAUAGCCGGCUUUGGUUGGAGGAGAAGUUGGUGCAGAAAGAUCAAGACAGAGUUCAAUUCUCGUUGUUGAUUUAUGCCUGUAAGAACACAUAAAGAAACUACUGACUUUGUCCAUGUUUGUUUAUUUGUUUUAAUUUCUCAUUUUUUUUGGUCCAAUUUUCU